UCCUCCCACACGUGCAAGCCCAUCUGAACUCCCCGCCGGGUACUCGCCGAAUCCCCCUCCACCGACCCGACGCGACCGACGCCCCACUAGCCUUCGUCCCACUUUCCGCAGCGCAUCUCCCCGCCUCCGAUCUCGACCGUUUGCGGCUCAUCCGACGAUUGCUGCGGCUCACGUACGGGUCAGGCCCACGUUCUGCUAACGUGCUCCGCGGUCGUGACCCUGACCUGCCCGCCUUUCCCCUUGGCUAUUUAAGCUGGAAGAGCAGUUCGCCGCCUUCCAAGCUCGAGUCCUCCAGUUCCGUUCCAGAUAAAUCCGGUUCGGUUCUUUUUCUCCGUGGGGCUCGACCGCUUCCAUCACGCUCUCGGAAGGAUGGCGUUCGUCGACGCCGACAAGCUCAGUUACGAGAUCUUCUCCGUCCUCGAGAGCAAGUUCCUCUUCGGCCUCGACGACCCCAACAAGCUCUUCUUCCCCACUUCCUCCUACUCCUCAGCUGGCGCCUCCCCCCGGACCGCCGCAGGUGCACGAGGAAGGAUCCGGAUCCUGUCCAUCGACGGCGGCGGCAGCCCCUCCGAUGCCCUCCUCGCCGCGGUCGCCCUCGCCCGGCUCGAGUCCUCCCUCCGUCACCGUUCCGGCGACCCAUCCGCCCGCGUUGCCUACAUGUUCGACGUCGCGGCCGGCUCCGGCGCCGGCGGCGUCCUCGUCGCGAUGCUCUUUACCAGGGACCACGACGGUCGGCCCUUGUUCUCCGCAACCGACGCCCUGCACCUCCUCCUCUCCGAGAGCCGCCGCCGCGGGCGCGGCUUCUCCUCCGGGAGGGGCCUAUUCCGUGGGAUGUUCCGUCGACCCGGGAGUUUCUUCCGUCGGAUCUUCGGCGACGCGACGCUGAGGGACACCGUCAAGCCGGUGCUCAUCCCGUGCUACGACCUCGCCAGGGGGGCGCCGUUCCUCUUCUCGCGGGCUGACGCGGUAGAGGCAGACGGGUACGACUUCCGGAUGUGGGAAGUGUGCGCGGCCACGUGCGCCGACGCAUCCACCGCGGCGGUCGAUCUGCGGUCGGUGGACGGGCGGACGCGCGUCACCGCGGUGGGCGCCGGGGUGGCGAUGGCCAACCCUGUGGCCGCGGCCAUCACGCACGUCCUCCACAACAAGCCGGAGUUCCCGUUCGCGGCCGGGGUGGAAGACCUCAUGGUGGUGUCUCUCGGCGCUUCCGCCCCCGCGCCAGCCGCACCGGGUGCCGCUGAGCUCGUCAGGAUCGCUGGCGAGGGCUUCGCCGACAUGAUUAACUUAUCAAAAGCCGUGGCUUUUGUGAUCAUCGUUAGAUGGAUCAAGCGGUGGCGACGGCAUUCGGACACCGUAGAGCAAGCAAUUACCUGCGCAUACAGGACACCGCAUUCAUGUCGGGAAAUUGCACGCCAAAGACGACGAGCUCGAAGAGCUCGGUGGAGGCAACAGAACGCGUUCUGUCACAGCGACACGUGGAGUCGCUGCUCUUCAGAGGGCGAGGAAAGAUCUCGGAGCGUACCAACGACGACGAGCUCGACCGAUUCGCGGAGGAGCUCGUAAAGGAGGAGGAGUGGAGGAAGAAGGGCCCGAUCCCGACGGUGGUGCUAAAGCAAGUGAUGACGCCGCGAACGUCGUCGGCGACGACCGCGACCACGGUCACCGUUACCACGACUAUUUCUACGAGCACGACAUCGACAUGAUGGAGACGGUGGAGUCGAGAUAGCUGCUUGUGCAUAGACUGUUGUGGGUUCUAAAAUGUGUGUUUUCCUUAGUGGAGGGUAUGACAUGGGAAAUCAAUUCAAGCUUGAAAAUUGUUGGCUAAAUUAUUAACGCUGUAGAAAUGUGAAUUUGGAUCUCUCAUAUUAAUUGUGUUUGGAAUUCAAGAUGGA